AGUCAUGAAACGAAUUCUUCUGUUUUUUAUCCUGGCUGCUGCUGUUAUGUAUGGUAUACUUCAUGGAAAUCUGUGGAGAAAUAACCUCUAUUGGAUUAGCUUUUAUGGACAGACUUCCUCGGUGAGGGCUUCUUCAUCUUAUGAGACUAGUGGAGUUACCCAGCUGCCACCUACGGCUGUGGAGAGAAGGAACGUGCUGGACACUUGUCUCCUGAAACCAGCAUUUGAAUCUUUACUGGGUGCUGAGAAAAUAUACCCGUUCCUGUGCGCUAAUGAUUUUAUCAGAGUGGCAGAAUUCCAUGGGAGCAAUAAGUUUGAACUACCUUAUGGAAUAAAGAGAGCAGAGCAAUUUUUUCGUUUAGCCCUUUCAAGACUGCAAAACUGUGGACUUUCUAAUGAAGAUGACAGCAUUGCCUGUCGACGGUGUGUUGUGGUUGGUAAUGGAGGAGUACUUCGAAAUAAGACAUUAGGGGAGAAAAUUGACUCCUAUGAUGUGAUAAUAAGAAUGAAUAAUGGCCCUGUUAUAGGGUAUGAAGAGGAUGUUGGGAGGAGGACGACUUUCCGCCUUUCUUACCCGGAGUCUAUCUUCUCAGAUCCGAUUCACUACGAUCCUAAUACAACUGUUGUUCUCAUCGUCUUCAAACCACGUGACUUGAAGUGGCUUUGGGAGAUACUAGGUGGUCAGAAAGUAAGCGCUAAAGGCUUUUGGAAGAAACCAGCUCUGAACAUGAUAUACAAAUCUAGUCAAAUCAGAAUUCUUGAUCCCAGCAUCACCAGAAAGACUGCUUAUGAGUGGCUUAAUUUUCCAACAAGGUUUCCCAAAAAAGAGAAACCGAAGCAUCCAACAACAGGGCUAAUUGCCAUUACACUAGCAUUUCACAUAUGCCAUGAAGUUCACCUGGCAGGCUUCAAGUAUGACUUCACAGACAGAAACAGUUCCUUGCACUACUAUGGCAAUGACACCAUGUCUCAGAUGAUGCAGAAUGAAUACCACAACAUCAAUGCUGAGCAGAAAUUUUUGAAGAAGCUUAUAGACAAGAACUUUGUGGUCAAUUUGACGUGAAAGCUGAAUACAAAAUAUGAAGAACAAUGGCUAUUUUCAAGAUUUGAAAAUGUUUUAUUUUUUGUAUGACAUUUUUAUUUUUCAAGUGCAGCAUAACUGUUUACUGUUUAAAAGGAGCACAGAAACCUCACUAAGGCAGAAUCUUCUUCUAAGCCUGAGGAUAAUGGACUAUUGCAAAUGGAGUUAACUGAAUUUUUGUAAAGCUACUUAAUAAUGGGAAAACUCUGGAACUUUCAGCUGAAAGUAUCAGGUAUAUAUGUGAUGCACAUCACUUAUUUAUCAGCAAGAACUCUUUCCAAAUGAUUAUUUCUCUGGAACACUUUUUUUUCUGAUGUUGUUCUCCAAGAGAGUUACUGUCAAGAGACUGAGACAACCAGUGUUUGAUUAGUAGGUGGAUGUAAAGUCAUGAAUGUCUGUCUUGUGGUGUGAAAAUGGCUUUAAAAUCAUGCCUAUAAAUCAUUAAUGUGUUUUUGGGAGAAGGGGGAAGAAACAAUGUACAGAUUUUGGCCUGCCUUGCUCUGAGAAGGGGAUGUCCAUCUUC